AAAAAGUGCUAGGCAUUAUCUUAAUGUAAUGCAUGUUAACAGCGAAACCUAAUUGAACUCCACUUUCACACUCCGGUUUCCCUACCACCACCACUACCUUCAACCUCAUAUCAUGCAAUCAGCCCGACUUGAGCUGGUUCUCUUAAACAAAGACCAUUUACCCGGUUACUUUUCAGUCCGAUCCGAUGGAGAAGUUGAGAUAUGGAACUCCCCUCAGCCAAUCACCUCAAUUGAAGAAGCAGAACGAGAGAUGGUAAAAGAUUUGGCGCAAGCCAACCGCGAAACUUGGGCAAUCCUCCUCCGCGAUGACCUUGACCCCAAGAUAAUUGAUGAGUGGCAAUGUCCAGAAGCUAAAGAUGAGAGCAAUGUUCUCGUGCCUGGAGGGUUCAUUGGCUAUAUAGGUGUCUAUGAUCUUAAUCACGUGGCCCAAGUCUUCUAUACUAUUCAUCGAUCUGCAUGGGGGCUCGGAAUUGCAACUGAAGCACUACUGGCGUUCACGGAGUUGUUCUGGAUACUUCACCCCGACCACUAUCGAUUGAUAGGCCGUUGUGACACUGAGAAUCCGGCUUCGGGGAGGGUAUUGGAGAAGUCUGGGUUUGAAUACUAUGAUUUUAUAUGUGCAGAUGAGUUUCAGCCAUGGAUGAUACCUCACGCUCGAGAUAGUCUGCGUUUUGUACUGGCUAAACCGGGUUAUACCUUUGAUUAGGUUGCUAUUGUCGUAAGGCUGUGACGGGAGUUAAGCUC